CGUUGCCAUAGUGACCGCGGACUAUAAACUCUUCAGAAAGGCUGCUGGGGAACAGUGAGUUGUGUACCGUGUGGAGUGUAAUGGACAGGCGCAGUUCUGCUAACACCAGUAGCGGUGUUGGUCAUGUUUACAUUCAUCCUCAGCCUUUACACACACACAGCUGUAAGAAUGCACCACUUCCUCCUCUUCUCCAGAGACGAGUGCCUGGACCCCUGCAUUACAGCGUCACCUCGUACACGGAGCACGACCCCAAACCCAUGCAUGGCGUAUUGAGCAACGUCACCUACUCGAAAGCGUCUCCACACUGGCGCACACACUUCCUGGAUGACCUGGCUCAGAAGCUGCGAGACAGCCGUUCAGUCAGGCUCGUCUCUGCGCCGCCUGUCAGUGAGAUGCAGGAGCAGUACAGGGGACGAUCAGCACCGUACGAUCCUCUGGAGCCUCACUACAGGACGCUGCAGGCACUGCAUGGACAGCUCCAUCAGUCUUCAGUUGUGCUGCCCAAAGAGCCGGCGCUCAGCACGGCUCACACCGACUACAGACGCUUCAGCAGGUCUGAAUUGGCUCCUCUCUUAGCCUUGGAUGCCUCGCCCACUCAUGGACCCUUCCCCAAACUGAUCCCCCUCCGCUCUUACAAGGCCCCGCCCAGUGCAUCCUCUCAGCCACAGUUGCCCCGCCCAUCUGUACCGGUACCCCAUGGAGGCAGAAGCAGCAUGUACAUGGAUAGUUUCAGUGUACCCAUGCCUCCACCCAUGUCCUCCACCCAUGUGGCUGUCCUUGCUGGGACAAAACGCACAGAGGAGAGUGGGCGGAGCUUACUGCAGCAUAUCCUGGACGUGCCCGAGAUGUACAGCACAGAGAACCAGACGUAUGGGAAAGGGAGGAUGGUGCUCGUGUGAGAUAGAGCACACCGCAUUCAUUAUUAACCAGAUCUAGCCAUUUUUAUCCAGUUGCUUAAUAAUGGAUGUUGGGUCGAGUUCAAUUUAAAUAUCAUUGCUUUUUUAAAAUCCAAAUGGGUCCUUUGGUAAAUUUUUUUUGUUGUUUAUUUGGUAAUAAGAAAGAAACACAGGAUAAAUGCUUGUGCUUGAGACAGAAAGUCUCUUGUGUGAGAGACUGCACGAGCCGGUCAUGCUCCUUGUGUGUCAGUGUGAUAUGCAAAGGAUUGUGGGAAAAACUGCAAUGUGUGUAAACAGCGAGAGAUUGAAAGCAGGCAGGGAGGAGCGUGUGUGUGUGUGUGUGUGUGUGUGUGUGUGUGCGUGUGUGAGUGAGUGUGAGUGAUUUUGCUGAACAUGCACUUGAGACAACUGAAGAUGAUGGGAACAUAGCAUAAUCCGGAAGACAUCAGCGCUGAACUACACAGCGCACGAGACGGAGACGGAGGAAAAACAGAGGGAAUUAAAAAUGGAGUUAAUAUAGUGGGGAUAUGGCAGCAUCUCAUGAAUUAGCCUUUUGAAUCCGUGUGAGUUUUCUUUUUCCCCACCCCUGCUCUACCGCUCCUUCCGCCCACCUGCUCGCCGGAUCUCUGGCUCUCCUCCCCCUCUGUCUCAAGCGGCGGUGUGCCAGACAGACAGAGAGAGAGAGAGAGAGAGAGAGGAGGAAAGAUUUAGAACCACAUAAAGAAAUGUAAUGGUUGGAGACAGGAACAAUGGAGGGAAAUCUAUUAAGAAAUGAACUAAUCACUUAAAAAAAAAGUAAUUCAAGGGUUGGUCCUAAACAGGUAAUUAAUAAAAAGAUUAUUUAGACUGCAUUGCAUAUAAUAUACACUAUUUAUUAUAUCUUUUGGGUGUGUCCAGUGAUACAACAAUCCUGACAGGUAGCACAAACAACUGUUCAAGAUGGCAGCAGUCGUUUUUGCAUCUAUAAUCAAAUCAUUUUAAAGACAAUGUAAUAAUAACUAUAUUCACGAUAUGGCCGUGCAUCUGUUUACAUUUUUCUGGUCCAGAAAUGAGCUCCGCCUCUUGCGCUAGUAUUUAGGAAUGCACAUGCAGGUGUUUUGUAGGCGUGACUUUAAAGAGAACGCUCAAGGUCAGACUGCAUUUGCUUGAAUUUGGAGUAUACAUUUAAGGACUAUUUGAAAUUCUGUAUUUGAGACAAAUAUUUUUCUAAAGAUUGUGUUGAAAGCAGGCAUUGUGUGAAAAUGGUCGCAGUAGUGUCCUCAAUGAAGAGCCCCAUGUUUGGAAAUUGGAAAUGAAUUUUGUAACCUGAAAAGACUUUGUUCCAAAUCGAUGUUUUUGUAAAUCACUGUAUGGUGACGCCUCUCAGCUCCAGGGUCCCCGGUUCCAUCCUGACCAGGAGUUACUGUCUGUUCUCUACUUGUAGAUUCUCCGUUUUCCACCUUCCUCCCAAAAAACAUCCUGGCAGGUGGACUACGCUAAAUUGCCCCUACGUGUCAAUGUGUGUGCGCGGUGUUCCAUCCAGGGUAUUCCUGUCUUAGUCCCAAUGCUCCUGGGAUUCACCACCACUCCAACCAGGUGCUUAAUGAAGAUUAAUAAAUGACUGUAAGAAAUAUACAUUCAUAUUUUAUACAUAAUUGAAAAAGAUUCCUAACUGUAACUGUCCUAAAUUAAUUUCAUUAAUGGUCUUAUGUUUGAACGUUACAAUUAGCGUGACUCAGUUUGUGUGGAAAGUUAAACAGGGUUGGAUUUCGUAGCUUUUCCUUCGUCUCCAUGGGUGUGAAAUUGGAUGGUAUGGAAUUUGUAUGAAUUUCUUGUGAAAACAGCUCAUUAUAAAACCUCCAGACUGGAACCCUUGAAUUGAAAAAAAGUUUUAAUGAGUGUGUACUGUGUGUGUGUUUUUUUUUUUUUUUUUAGCCCUUCAAUUCAAUAUCGUAACCAGAUGUCAGUGUGCAUAUACAUCCCUGAAGCACUGUUUUCCUUUUUUUAAAUUAUUUUUCUCCGGUCUCUUGCAUUCCCUCAUGAUUUUCUCACAUCAACCACCAAUCUUUCAUGUUUGAUGCGCCUCCUGUUUUUUUUUUCCCCACUGUUUUGACAUUUCAUCAAUUAAACCCCCUUCACUGAAAAGAAACAUGUCCAUAUGUGUGUGUGUGUUUGAAUACAUUGACCAGGGUGUGAGAUUUGCCAUAGGAAGCUAUUGAUUUUAAGGGUCAGGGGUCAUUACACCCACUAGCCAGCAGCAAGGACACAGAGAUCUCACUGACCAGCAGCUUGGACUGGGUGGAGCCCGUUUCCUUUGUAAUGUUAUAAAUCGCGCCGUCUUCAAAUAAAAAAAUGGCCAGACAUCUCAAAUUCUGCAGCAAUGUCUGGAUCUCAGUGUUAACUCCGACGGAUUGGUAACAUCCGCCAAAUGCGAAGGAAGGAGGCUGUAAAUCCCGCUUCUGUCCAUCUGAUGCAUACUUGCCAACCUUGGAGAUUUUGCAGUAAGGGAGAUUUCAAGUCUCAGAUUUAUAACACUUCUUUGGUCCUCUGGUGGAAAAAAAAAAAAAAAUCACACACAUUGAGCUGUUGAGUAAUCGCAAAUGGCUGUGGCACAUUAUGACACAUUUUUUAUUCAGAUAUGAGAAGUAGUGGGCAUUGAAAUGACAAGCAGUUUUAAUCGAUUUCUUUAUUUUGGGAUGAUGCUAAUUGGUGCUCUUCUGUACCUCUGAGCAUUACUCUUAUUAUCCAGUUACUACAUGGAAAACAAUAUUGUUAAAGUAAUGCUGCCUGUGAAUAAUGGACGAAUAUGUAUCCAUGUUUAUUACUGUUUAUUCUUUAUUAUAGUCCUUUAUUUCUCUUGAUUUUUUUCAUUAAUUGAAAAGAACCAUGUGUGUGAAAGGAGUAGACAUGUGAAAGUAAAUCCAACAAUUUUUACUCAAAAAUGAAGAAAAGGUGGCCAAAUUGCAAUGGCAACCAUUCUGAAUCAGUUUAUAUGCUUAUUCCUCUCUUUUAUAUGUGAACUAUGUUGCGAUGGUGCUGAUUGGUGGCCAUCUGUAGCUCUUGGGCUGCUUUCCAUUUCCAGAACCCUGAUGCUUAGAUUAUUAUCCAGUUAUUACAUGAGAAAAUAAUGUGAUUCUGCUUUAUAAAACUGGCUGUCAAUAAUUGAUGAAUAUGAAUACAUAUGAAAACAAAGCCAUGUUUUGCUUUUGUCUAUUAAAUUCCUUUAUUUUUCUUAUAACGAAAAAGUUCUUUGCUAACUAAGACCUUUAACAGUGUUUUGGCCAGGUUUUGUUGGGGUGGCAAUCUUGGGUGGGGUAAAAUACUAAUCCACGUCUGUAAUGUGAAACGACAUAUCUGUCUCUGGAGUGAGAGCUCAAUCAGAUGUGAAAAAAAGACACACUUGGGCAAAUUGUUUGUCGACUAGCCAUGAAAAAAGUCAUAGCUAACAUAACAAUGACUAUCUUAUAUAGUCUAACAUAACAUAUGCCUAACAUAACAAUGACUAUGUUAUGACAUAUGCUCAUGUGCUAGCAUUACGAUUUCAAUAUCAUUAGCUAAAUGGAGCUAAUAACGAACUGAAGAAAUCCAAUGUUAUGCCUCUAAGUAAUGAUUACUGUUAAUGUAAAAAGGUUUGUUCAUUGUGGUCAGUUGACUUCUGUAUUAGCUAGCUGAUCUUACCUGUUCCUGACUGUUGGACAG